AUGAAUUCUAGUCAAUGGUCUAUGAUCGCUGCAUUGCUCAUCAUCUUCCUUCUUCAUCUCCCCUCUUGCAUUUCCACUGAUUCCUUUACUCCAAACCAAACCAUCAAAGACGGAGACGUUUUAGUCUCGAGCAGGAAGCUCUUUGCCCUCGGGUUCUUCAGCCCUGGUAAUUCCGGCAAACGUUACGUUGGAGUUUGGUAUAACAAAGUUCCAGAGCAGACCAUUGUUUGGGUUGCAAAUAGAAACAACCCCCUCGAUGAUACCUCUGGACUUUUAGUUAUCGAUGGAGAUCAUGGAGGCCUUGUCAUAUAUGGAAAGGAUAGAGAAGUCCCUCUUUGGUCUGCUAAUGUUACUCUCUCUUCUCCACAGAAUUCCAUGGCCAAGCUCUUGGAUACAGGAAACUUUGUUUUGUUUGAUAAUGGGAGCCAAAGGGUUUUGUGGGAAGGGUUUGAUUAUCCCUCUAAUACACUGCUUCCAUUUAUGAAACUUGGGCUGAACCGGCGGUCCGGGUUGAACAGGUUCCUAACUUCUUGGAAGUCCCAGGAUGACCCGGGAACUGGGAAUUGUUCGUAUAGGAUUGAUCCAGGUGGAUUUCCGCAGCUGUUUUUGUACAAGGGUCGAGCUCCAUUGUGGCGAUCCGGGUCUUGGAUCGGGCACAGAUGGAGUGGUGUGCCUGAAAUGACUCCGAAUUUCCUCUUCAACGUUAGCUUUGUGAACAAUCAAGACGAGUUAUCUGUUGUGUAUGGUAUUACCAACGACUCAAUCUUCUCAAUGAUGAUGCUUGAUGAAUCAGGAACCGUCAAACGGUCAACGUGGCAUGAUCAGGUACACCAAUGGAUCAAGUUCUGGUCUGCUCCGGUAGAGGUAUGUGACAACUAUGGAAAGUGCGGUCCAAAUAGCAACUGUGAUCCUUACCAUGCUGGUAAGUUCGAGUGUACAUGCCUACCUGGGUUUGAACCUAAGUUGCACAAUGAAUGGUACUUGAGAGAUGGCUCGGGUGGGUGUGUGAGGAGAAAAGGAGUAUCCCUGUGCCAAAACGGAGAAGGGUUCGUGAAGGUUCCACUAGUGAAGGCACCAGACUCGUCUGCUGCGACUUUAAACUUGAACUUGGGUCUGAAAGAAUGUGAAGAUGAAUGCUUAAGGAAUUGUUCUUGCAUGGCAUACUCGAAUGCAGAUGACCUGCAAGGAGGACAUGGGUGCGUGACAUGGUAUGGGGACUUGAUGGAUACAAGGACUUAUACAAAUGUCGGUCAAGAUUUAUAUGUUCGAGUUGAUUCAAUUGAAUUAGGUAAGGAAAGACGGGAUUUAUUUUCAUAUGGUGCCACACCUUCAUCAAUCUACUUCGAAAAUUCUCCUUGUAGAACAGAUCCUGAUGAUAGCAGAUUAAAGCCAGAUCUGCCUUUCUUUGAUCUAAGCACCAUAUCCGCAGCCACGAAAAAAUUCUCUGAUUCGAACAAGCUUGGAGAAGGAGGUUUUGGCCCUGUUUAUAAGGGUGUUCUUUCUAGUGGAACAGAAAUAGCCGUGAAAAGACUAUGCAAAAAUUCUGGCCAAGGAAACGAAGAGUUCAAGAAUGAAGUUGUGCUAAUUGCUAAACUUCAACACAGGAACCUUGUGAGAAUCUUGGGUUAUUGCGUUCAAGACGAUGAGAAGAUGCUAGUCUACGAAUACCUGCCGAACAAAAGCCUGGACUCUUUCAUUUUCAAUGAAACGAAAAGGGCAUUUCUGGAUUGGCCAAGACGCUUGGAGAUUAUCUUUGGCAUUGCUAGAGGCAUAUUGUAUCUUCAUCAAGAUUCAAGAUUAAGAAUCAUCCAUAGAGACCUAAAGGCCAGCAAUGUUCUAUUGGACUAUGAUAUGAACCCAAAAAUUGCAGAUUUUGGUAUGGCGAGAAUAUUCGGAGCAAACCAAAUUGAAGCAAACACAAAUCGCGUGGUCGGAACGUACGGUUACAUGUCACCGGAAUAUACAAUGGAAGGACUAUUUUCAGUGAAGUCUGAUGUAUAUAGUUUCGGUGUAUUGCUGCUAGAAAUCAUUACUGGUAGAAAAAACACUGGUUACUACCACGAUAUUAAUCCCGACUCAAAUUUGGUUGGACAUGUUUGGGACUUGUGGAAAGAAGGCCGAGCAUUGGAAAUCAUCGACGCAACUUUGGGUGAAUCCUACCCUGAAAGUGAAGUUCUCCGGUGCAUUCAUAUCGCGCUCCUCUGCGUGCAAGAGUUUGCAAAUGACCGGCCGACCAUGUCAACAGUUGUGUCGGUGUUAGGCAACGAUGCAGCUCUUCCUUCACCAAGAAAACCAGGAUUUCUGCUGAAGAGAAGUCCCUAUACCAGUGGAGACCCCAGCACAAGUACUGGAGAUGUUAAUUCCAUAAACUAUGUUACAUGCACUACUGUUGAAGCUCGCUAA